UUUUCCCCCAUCUCUCUCUCCCCCCUCUUUUUCGUGGAUCUAAAUCGCGAGCGAGCGAGAGAGAGAGAGAGAGAGAGAGAGAGAGAGCGAGAACCCUAACACUUCCUCCCUUACUCCAUACCGAUUACCUCAGAUCCGCGAAGGUGAUAGCUCGGAUCGGAUCGGGGAAGCGGAGACCCUGCAACAGUCGCGCUGGAUCUGGUUUUGCUCGAUUCAGAUCUGGUUUCUCCAUGCUCGGAUCUAAUCACAAGAGUUGAAUCUCGUUAAUUUUGUGGUUUGCUGAGGGCUCCUUCGUGCGUCACUGCCGUGUUGUGGACUUGAUUUUUGAGCACCGUAGUGGAAAUAUUUUAUGAGGUGAAUCUAUUCUGUCAAAAUGCAAAGAAACGGUAUGAUGGAAUGCAGUGUCUGCCAUUCCAAAUUACUGGUCCCAAGCCCUAGAACUGUGUCGAGGGCGUAUGAUAGGCAUAGGAGUAAGAUAUCAUCAAAGUAUCGGGCUCUCAAUUUCCUCUUGGUUGUAGGAGAUUGCAUCUUGGUCGGCCUUCAGCCAAUUUUGGUAUACAUGUCUAAAGUGGAUGGGAAGUUUCAAUUUAGUCCUAUUGGUGUGAACUUUCUGACGGAGCUUACAAAAGUUCUUUUUGCCGUUAUCAUGCUAAUAUUCCAGGCUAGACGUCAGAAGGUUGGAGAGAAACCUCUUCUUUCAGUUUCUACAUUUGUCCAGGCAGCUCGUAAUAAUGCCCUUCUCGCUGUUCCUGCUCUUCUAUAUGCCAUCAACAACUACCUAAAGUUUAUUAUGCAGUUAUACUUCAAUCCGGCAACUGUAAAAAUGUUGAGCAACCUGAAGGUUUUGGUAAUAGCGGUCCUCUUGAAGGUUGUAAUGAGAAGGCGGUUUUCUGUAAUUCAGUGGGAGGCUCUUGCUCUCUUGCUUAUCGGUAUUAGCGUCAAUCAGCUCCGCUCCCUACCUGAGGGUUCUACAGCACUUGGUCUUCCAGUAACAACAAUUGCAUACAUAUAUACAUUAGUUUUUGUAACAGUGCCAUCACUAGCCUCUGUUUACAAUGAGUAUGCUUUAAAAAGCCAGUUCGAUACGAGCAUCUAUCUUCAGAAUUUAUUUCUAUAUGGUUAUGGUGCCUUGUUCAACUUCCUUGGCAUCGUAGGUACUGCUAUCUUCAAAGGACCCGAUAGCUUUGACAUUCUUCAGGGGCAUUCUAGGGCUACACUGUUUCUCAUAUGUAAUAAUGCAGCACAGGGCAUUCUUUCUUCAUUCUUUUUCAAAUAUGCAGAUACAAUUUUAAAGAAAUACUCGUCAACUGUUGCCACGAUUUUUACUGGCAUAGCAUCGGCAGCGUUGUUUGGGCAUACUUUGACCAUGAAUUUUAUCCUGGGAAUCUCGAUAGUGUUUAUAUCGAUGCACCAGUUCUUUUCUCCACUUGCCAAAGUAAAAGAUGACAAACCACUUGGAACUCUAGAAAUGCUUGAUGCUCAAAAUCAUCGGUCAAAGGAAUCAUCUUUUAUAAAUAUGACUGCUGGCGCAGCUGAGGAUGCUAGCCACCGAGUUGGAAGUGAUGAGAGACAACCUCUUUUGCCUACAUGAUGUUAUUUUCUUUUCAAGGUACAUUUUAGAGGGAAUUUUUUUUCAUUGAUGAUACACCGUCGAAGAGACACUCUAAAGUAGAUUAAAUAAACUACUCUCUAGAGGCAAAGCAGCCAUGUUUGUAUACGCAAAGGAUAAAGUAGAGAAAAGUGAAGCAUUUGAAUGAGAGCAGGGCAUUCAAAUUCGAACAUCGCUCGGUAGGCUUCUCUUGUUAUGUCUCAAAAUCCAUAGUAAUUAAGUGAUACUAGAAACUGCGCACCACCCUCAACCCUUCCAUCCCCAUUUCUUCUUAUGGUAUUCUUUUCCUUUUUCUAAAUUUCUCAACCAUUGGAAUUCUUUGAUUUAGUUUCAUUUUUGUUAUGUAAACAUCUGGACGCGCUUUACACAUAUAUUCUUUUGUGUGUCGAAAUAAACUAGAUAAAUUCUUUUUGUCUCCAGAAAUUUGUUGGGCUUCCUAUUUCAGUGGAAGCUGUUUGUAUAACAGGCUAUGAUGCCAAGAGAAACAGGCAAAAUGCAAUCAAUAAAAGAAGCCGAAGCUCAGGAAGAACUUUAAUACUUAC